CCGGGGGCCAAAGGAGCAUCCACGCAGCUGCAGCAGCAGUGGAGGCGCUGCGUGCACGUGGAUGCGGACGUGCAGAGCAGCGCAGCCAGAUGACUUGCGAGUCCACUCAUGCACGCACGUCACCAGAGGCCGGCCACGCUGCAGCGAUGCUACGUGCUGCAGCAGGAAUGAUGCAGGGCAGAGGUGAGAGGGAGAAUGUGUCAGUCAGGCUCGGACAGGAAGUGUGUCAGCAGCAAUCGGCUGUUCAGAGUGCCAUGGCUUGGAUUAUUCUG